UGUGGGAGGGCCCUUCGCUGAUAAACUGCAUCCCGUAAUUCACUGUCAUUUUUCAAGCAGCAGGAGUGGCGCUUGCGACCUAAUAAAAUCCGUUGCAUCUUCCCUGUUUUAGAAACGUAUCGUUUAUCAAAUUGUAACGAACGGGCAUGUAAGAUAUUAGUUUAAAGAUAUCCCUGAUUAUAUAUUUUUUUCUCGAAUCGAUGCAGAUUUUGAAAAAAAAAAGUGCUCCAAAGUAGCGGAGGGACAAAAGGACAUUCGAGCCUGAUGAUGAGAAAAGGGGGAGCCUCUGUCCCGGAGAAAGACCUAAUUUCAGGGGUCGGGGGCUCCUCCAUGGACACAAACCGCACAGUUCUGACCCAGUACGCCAAUGCGCCGUAUUAUCAGAUCUUAACCCCUCCGCCCUGUCCGAACCAGACUAACAAUGUCGGUGUCCCAGACCCGACCGAGAGUCCGGAAUACACUACCCCCAUCGGUGUGUCUACAAACGGGACCGGACAGCGACCACCCCUCGGACGACACCCGACGAAGCGUCGGUUGGAGCUGGAGGAGAGUGAUCAACAGUACACCAGUGAGACGACCACUGGCUCCAGAGCUAAGCGAGCCACCACGCUCUCCCUCAGAGGACCCAAGACUCCCCCCUCCACGUUAGAGAAGACCAGGUAUGACACAUCUCUAGGCCUCCUGACCCAGAAGUUUGUCCAGCUGCUGGCCCAGUCCAGUGACGGGGUAGUGGACCUCAACGGGGCCGCGGAGUCCCUCAAGGUGAAGAAGAGACGCCUCUAUGACAUCACCAACGUCCUGCAGGGGGUGCAUCUCAUCAAGAAGAAGUCUAAGAACAACAUCCAAUGGAUGGGCUGUAGCCUGUCUCCACAGGGAGUGGCCAGGGUCCAGACCCCUGGCUCUGUGGGUGAAGAGCUACUGGAGUUGGCCCAGGAGGAGAAGAGACUGGAUGAACUCCUACACAUCUCUACACGCAUCGUCCAACAGAUAACGGAAGACACACCCACAAGGAAAUAGCCUUCCAUUAACAGGCCUGCUGUGUUUG